AUUUGUGGCUCUGGUCAAAUGAUCCGCUUCAGCGAUAAUUCUCGUGUUUAACGGGUAGAAAGGGAUGUUACCGGCAGGCGUUUACAGGUUUUACCGGGCCGAAGGAGCAGUUAAAUGCAGGAAGUGUUGAAAGAAUGAAUGUUUGAGGAUGGAUGGACGGAGACAGCAGUACCACAGAUACUACUCAGUUAGGAAUAACUGGAGAGUAUAUGACCGGAGGGACAUAUGUCUUACAGACCCAGGAUGAUGAUGGGGAUGAUAGUUUUAAUGACCAUGAGGAUGGCAACGGAAGCAAAGACAAUUUCCGAGAGCAAGACAUUUACCUUCCCAUCGCUAAUGUCGCCCGUAUCAUGAAGAAUGCCAUCCCACAGACUGGAAAGAUAGCCAAGGAUGCAAAAGAGUGUGUGCAGGAGUGUGUAAGCGAGUUCAUCAGCUUCAUCACAUCUGAGGCCAGCGAGAGAUGCCAUCAAGAGAAACGUAAGACCAUUAAUGGAGAGGACAUCCUGUUUGCUAUGUCCACCCUGGGUUUUGACAUGUACGUGGAGCCGCUUAAACUCUACCUGCAGAAGUUCAGAGAGGCAAUGAAGGGUGAGAAAGGCAUCACUCCGGUUACAGUCAGCGAAGGCCUUGGUGAAGAACUAACAGAUGACACCUUCACCGGUCAGUUGCCUGCAGGACUGAUCACUGCAGAUGGCACGCAACAGAACGUGAUGGUAUACACCACCUCAUACCAGCAGAUCCCUGGCGUUCAACAAAUACAAUUCUCAUGACUGAAGAACAGGCCGACUAUAUCUAGUGGCCUGUCCAGUUUCCAGACAGACUUAUCUCUUGCCUUGCAAAGUUUUCAGGUCAGUGCUGGAAGACCAAGAGAUGCCUGGUUACCAGAGCAGGAGCAAAAGUGCCUGUUGCCUGGAGGCUGAUUUGAUCUUAAGUGAUGUCUUGUAAUUAAUUCAGUGUUAUAUUUAGGCCAGUGUGUUUUGAUUGGUCUGCUUGGUACAGGGCACACCAAAUUGUGAGGUUUUUUUUUUUUUUUUUGGUUCUUAUUUGGUAUUUAAUCAUUUUUAAAGUUUGGGAUGGGGCAGUGGGAAGACAAGGCCAUAUUGACCAUUUACAUUCCCACAAGUAAGGGAAUUCUAAUUUGAUGUCAUUUGAUCUUAAAUAACCUCAUUAACUGACAUUGUUAUGCUGAUUCUUUGAAUAAACAUGUGAUCUGUCUUUGUUUGAA